CUCACUCUAGCAGCUGAUAAUCGGACUCGCGAUGUUCCGGUGAGAGGAGCUCGCCUCUUUUACGUGGAUUUUUAAGGAUUCUUGAUUUCUUUUUAGGAAUACAAAACCGAAGACUCAAAUAACAGGACAUCUGGUUAAACUCUGAGGCCCAUGAAUCUGUAUUUUAGUACCGAGCGCGGUGUGUUUUCACCCGUUUUCUAGGCUGCUGCUGCGGGCCGGCUAACUGCUAGCUAACAAUGAAGGCCUAAGCCGAAAGCUGUGGGAUUUAAACCUUUCCGAGCUGGCUCACGAAACGAGGACUAACGUACUCAGGCAUGGCCUCCCAGCUGCAAGUCUUCUCUCCUCCAUCCGUGUCUUCCAGUGCCUUCUGCCGGGUGAAAAAGAUGAAGGUGGAGAGUUGCGCAUGGGACGCCUCCAGUGAGGCCUAUGGCUCUGUGGGCCAGGCCUACGGCUUCAACGCUGCCCCAGCGCUCCCUUUCAGCGCUUCCGGCCUGGUCUUCCCACCAGCCUCCCGGUGCCAGGUGGUGGUCCGUGCCGCCGACAGCACAGGGGGUGCCCCACAGGGCUCCAGCCGCCGUCCCGCAGAGUCACAUGCAUCCCGCAGCCAGAGAUACGGCGUGAAGAGGAAGAACGAGGAGGUGGAUCGGUCGGGAGGCGGGGACAGUGGCAGCGGGAGCGUGCAGAUUUUGGAGGAGCUGUCGGCCCCCGCCUACUCAGCUCGUGCUGCCGGGGGCAACACAGCACAGUCGAUCCCCCACUCCGCGCCCACCACCAAGAGCAGCAGCUCCAACUGCGAAGGAGACUACCAGUUGGUCCAGCAUGAAAUCCUCUGCUCCGUCUCCAGCAGUUACGAGGUGCUGGAGUUCCUCGGCCGUGGAACCUUCGGGCAAGUGGCCAAAUGCUGGAAAAGAGGCACCAAUGAAAUCGUGGCCAUUAAAAUCCUAAAGAAUCAUCCUUCAUAUGCACGACAAGGCCAGAUAGAGGUGAGCAUUUUGAACCGUCUCAGUGCAGAGAAUGCAGACGAGUUCAACUUUGUGCGUUCAUAUGAGUGUUUCCAGCACAAAGGCCACACAUGCCUGGUGUUUGAGAUGCUGGAGCAGAACCUCUAUGACUUCCUGAAGCACAGCAAGUUUAGCCCUCUGCCACUACGCCACAUCCGGCCAAUACUGCAGCAGGUAGCCACAGCCCUGAUGAAGCUCAAGAGCCUUGGCCUGAUCCAUGCAGACUUAAAGCCAGAAAACAUCAUGCUGGUGGACCCCAUCAGGCAGCCAUACCGCGUCAAGGUUAUAGAUUUUGGCUCAGCCAGCCACGUCUCCAAGGCUGUGUGCUCCACGUACCUGCAGUCUCGCUACUACAGAGCUCCCGAGAUCAUUCUUGGCCUGCCAUUCUGUGAAGCCAUUGACAUGUGGUCACUGGGCUGUGUGAUUGCGGAGCUCUUUCUCGGAUGGCCGCUGUAUCCUGGGGCAUCUGAGUAUGACCAGAUUCGGUAUAUUUCUCAGACCCAGGGCUUGCCAGCGGAGUAUUUGCUUAGUGCCGGCACAAAAACCACCCGCUUUUUCCACAGAGGGCCUGACUCCAGUUAUCCACUGUGGAGGCUGAAGACUCCAUCAGAGCAUGAAGCAGAGAUGGGCAUCAAGUCCAAAGAAGCACGAAAGUACAUCUUUAAUUGUCUGGAUGACAUGAUGCAGGUCAACUUGUCCUCUCACUUGGAGGGCACAGACAUGCUGGCAGAGAAGGCGGACCGGCGGGAGUUCAUUGACCUGCUAAAGAGGAUGCUCCGGCUGGACGCUGAUAAGAGAAUCACCCCUACCAAGACACUGGCCCAUCCCUUCGUCACCAUGAGCCAUCUGCUGGACUUCCCUCACAGCUCUCAUGUGAAGUCAUGCUUCCAGAACAUGGAGCUGUGUAAGCGGAGGAACAGUAGCUAUGACAAUGGGAAGGCUCUUUUUGCUGCUAAUACUGUUCCUGGCACUACAGGCAACCUGACUGUGACCUUCAGCAGUCAGCUUAACCAGAACAACCAGGUUCCCUCAGCCGGUGGAGCAGUGCCUCUCCUCAACUACCAGCCAGCCCUUUAUCAACAGGCCACAAUAAACAUCCCGGGCCUGGCCCAGCCCAGCAUCCCCCUGCAGAGCCGCCCCCCUCAGCUGUGUGCCCAAACUGAGCCCUUUCAGCAGACCCUCAUCGUUUGCCCCUCCGCAACCAUUCAGGGGCUUCCGUCCUCCAGCAAGACCUCCAGCUAUCCUGUUAGAAUGGAGAACGGAGUUCCUGUAGUGCAGCAGAGCCAGAAUACGCAGCCUCUCCAGAUUCAGCCAGGAAUGCUGGCGCAGGGCUCCUGUACGCCGCUGAUGGUGGCCACAUUGCAUCCCCAUGCGCCGGGCGUGCCGUCCCAGUACCCGCUGCCCCUGGCACUGGGCUGCGGGGCAGGAAGGCCUUCCCUGCUGGAGCAGACAGCCACCGUGCUGCAGGCCUGGCAGACGGGCACACAGCAGAUCCUUCUCCCCCCUGCCUGGCAGCAGGUGCCGGGUAUGACCCUUCACGGCACUGGCACAGCGCAGACUAUUACAGAAUCACCCCUGGAGACCAUCCUCUCGGACAGCUCCACACAGCAGACACCCAGCUGGAGGGCAUCUCACAGCACAGUUCUUCAGCAGAACCCUCAUGUUUCGAACUCCACUCAGUCUCUCAACCGUGGGGCAUCCAGCGCCACUCGAUCAUCACAAAGCAAAAGAAACAGGGCUCGCUGCCUGGACAGCAGCAGUGGUCUGGUUGGCACACCUUACAAUAGUGCUGCCCUCUCUCAGCCAAUUGUCAUCUCUGACACACCCAGCCCUGCUGUCAGUGUCAUCACCAUCCACAGCGACUCUGAUGAUGAGGACGAGAGAAAGUUCCACCCUGCUAGCUGUGGACCCAGUCAGAGAACCAACGUUAUCAGCUGUGUCACAGUCCAUGAUUCAGACUCCUCCACUGCUAGCCCCCUGACCCCUCUGCCCCGAAACAGCCUGGCAGCUCAGCCCUCGCGCCUGGCAAAGUCCUUGGCGGUUGUUGCUCCUUCAGUGAAAACCCAGCCAGGGGAGAGCUCAGCACUGGCCAAAGUAGCUACAGGAGUCUUGCAGAGUUCCUACAUCAAGCCUAAAAGGGCAGCCACACGGCAGCCAUGCAGCUCAGGGGAGAGCGUUAAUCUCCAGGAGCCCAGCAGGUCCCAACCACUCAACCUCAGCCAGACCACGGUCUCAUCAUCUCAAGACCACACUAGUGGCUCCUCACUGCGCCGGCAGCAGACCUACCCUCCUUCCUCUUCCCAGUACCGCCUCCAGGAGGCCCUGCCAUUCACCAGCGCCCCUAGCCUGUACACGUACCCUGCCUCUGCCGCGCUGGCCUCCGCCUCCCACACCAUGGAGCAGCUGCUCGUCCAGGGCUCCUCCCCUUCGAUCCAUGUCCCACCCACCAGUCACUAUGCAGCCAGUCUUCUCCCAAAAGACUCGGUGGGCGGCGUGGUCCACGGAUUACCUGCCCACUACCAGCAGCAUUUCCCCACCCACCCUUAUGUUGGCACAAACACCAGCAGCACUAGAGGAAGUGCAGCCUAUGGUGGCUAUCAGCUCAGUCCUAGGAGAGUCACUCAGUAUCCAUACAUAUGAGGCACAUAGUAGAGAACUGACUGAGGCGUAGUAACCAAGAUAGGACCACAUCCUCAUAGACUUGCCAUUGAAACUGCUGCGACAUUAACUGCUAUUACCUAUUUAAUUGAACUAUUUUAGAUUUUUUUUUUUUUAAGGUUGAUAUUUAGAAAUAUUAUAUUUUACUGGUCUCACUUUGUAUCCUUCCUCUGGAAAAGUCCUGUUAUUUGUUAGGCUUAAGUUUAUUUUCCUAGCACGAGAUACGUGGUGACGUAAUGUUGAACGUUCUUUAGCAAUAGCGAAACACUAUUGAAAAGCUGACACAAAGGGACAGCUGGAUCCUGGUACAGCGUGACCCCCUGUAGUUCUCUCUGUACUACUAAAAGUUCCACACUAACCCUGUAAUCCACUUUUGACCCUUUUAGUGGUUUUAAUGUUUUGUGUCUUUAUGUUAGUCCCCUUUUUUAUCCUUUUAAAUUAUGUUCCGUCGUGUUUUUACUUUUACUGGAAGAUGCGUAUUGAAGUGACUGAAAAGGAAAAAAAAGGAUCAGGAGUAUGUACGGAGCUCACGCAGCUCCACUAUUUAAGUCAAGACUUAAGUGUUAGUUAAAUCAAAGGCAAGGUAGGAUUGUAGGAAGUAUGUUGUGCUGAACGUAAAAUGAUAGAAUUCAAACAAUUUAUUGGUUUUGUCUAGAGUUGUUUUUAUCUUGUUGAAGUCCAUUAAUUCCUCUGGAAAAAAAGAAGCUUAUGAACUGUGAUCAUGUCAAAGCCAAUGAAAUAUGUACUGACUAGAAUUUCCCUUGCCUUUUUUUCUUCUCAACUAAGGAUUCAGACAGGCAUCUGGAAAACAAUUACAUUCUGUGAUCUGUUUGCUGAAUUGAUGUGCUGUUAAGGUUCUUUUGAUGCUGUUAGGAGUAGAACUUGCUUUGCAAAAUGAACUAACACCAAAAAAAAAAAUGACCUGUCAAAAUGCAGGGCUCAGUGUUGGUGAGCUUUUGAGCAUUUUUUUUUCCUUUUUGCUUAACGUACCUGUAUCCUUGAAAGACUAAGGAUGAGCAAGGUCGAGCUUACAACAAAGGCAGGCGGCAUUACGUGGUGACCAAACACUGGUUUGUCCUCAUUUGCAGAUCCUUUGCUCAAAAGCACACUGGCCUAACUACAUGGUCUUACUUGUUCUGCUCUCAAUAAGAUGAUGUGCCUUGACAUUCUUUCUCUCUCUCCAUGUUUGGCAGUUUUUGAAGUCAAGAGUACAUUUUCUCAUCGACCGCAAAAGUACUGUAUGCAUUUUGUAAUGUCAAAAUUACGAGAAGUACAUCUGAACACCUCUGUUGUAAUACCAUCCAAUAAACAACACAAUUCAA